AUGGGCUCGAUAACUCUCAACAACCCCAGCAGGGCCUGGUGGAAAGACGGUGUCAUCUACCAGAUCUACCCAGCCAGCUUCAAGGAUGCCAAUGGCGACGGCCUGGGCGAUGUCCCGGGAAUCAUCAGCAAAGUCGACUACCUCAAAGACUUGGGUGUGGAUAUCGUGUGGGUAUCGCCCAUGUACGCUAGUCCGCAGAUCGAUAUGGGAUACGACAUUUCCGACUACCAGGAUGUCCACCGCCCGUAUGGCACCGUUCGUGAUAUGGAGGUCCUCAUCGAGGAGUGCCACAAACGCGGGAUGAAGCUCAUCCUAGACCUGGUGGUCAACCACACGUCAGACCAGCACAAGUGGUUCCAGGAGUCGAGAUCCUCUAAAGAGAACCCCAAGCGGAACUGGUACAUAUGGAAGCCUCCCCGUUACGCCGAGGAUGGCACCCGUCUGCCUCCCACGAACUGGAGGAGCCACUUCAGCGGUAGCACCUGGGAGUGGGACGAGACCACCGGCGAGUACUACCUCCACCUGUUCGCCAAGGAGCAGCCCGACCUCAACUGGGAGAACGAGGAGACACGUGAGGCCAUCUAUGACAACGCUAUGCGCUUCUGGCUUGAUAAGGGCGUUGACGGUUUCCGUAUCGAUACGGUUAAUAUGUAUAGCAAGGGCGUCGAGUUCAAGGACGCCCCUAUCAUGAACAAGAACGCGUACGAGCAGCCCGCCUACAUGAUCUACUGCAACGGCCCGAGGAUACACGAGUUCCUUCGCGAGAUGAACGCAAAGGUCCUCAACCACUACGACACCGUCACCGUCGGCGAGCUGCCCCAUACCCCGGACCCGCAGCACGUCCUCAAGUACAUCAGCGCUGCCGACCGCCAGCUCGACAUGGUCUUCCAGUUCGAUAUUGUCGACCUCGGCCAGGGCAUCGGCUACAAGUACCAGACCCGUGAGUGGAAGCUCCCCGAGCUCAAGCGCAUCGUCGCCAAGUGGCAGCAGUUCAUCGAGGGUACCGACGGCUGGACGACAGCCUUUUGCGAGAACCACGAUCAGGGCCGCUCCGUGUCACGGUACGGCAACGACAGCCCCCAGUGGCGCGAGACGUCGGCCAAGAUGCUUGCCCUGAUGAUGUGUUCGCAGACGGGCACACUCUUCGUCUACCAGGGUCAGGAGAUCGGCAUGACAAACGUGUCGCGGAGCUGGGGCAUCGAGGACUACAAGGACAUUGAGGCCCUCAACUACUACGGCGACAUCAAGAGGGAACACGGCGAGGGCGAGGUCCUCAGUCGCGUCAUGGACAGCAUCAACCUGGUCGGCCGCGACAACGCGCGCAUCCCCAUGCAGUGGGACGCCUCGCCGUUCGCCGGCUUCACCGACAACAAGGACGGCGCAUGGAUGCGCAUCCACGACGAGUAUGCCGACAUCAACGUUGCCAAGCAGGAGGCGGAGCCCAGCUCCGUGCUAAACUUUUGGCGCGAGAUGCUGCGCCUGCGCAAGGAGGAGGGCGAGCUGCUGACGCAUGGCGCCUUUGAGCUGUUUGACGAAGAGAACGAGCAGACGUUUGUCUACAAGAAGACGCGCGGCGGGAAGAGUGCCGUCGUUGCACUCAACUUUACAAGCGAUGAGCAAGAGGUCCGGAUCCCGGGCGAGGGUUCGAAGAUUCGCGUUGGCAACUACGGUGAUGUCAAGGAGAGGGUUGCGGCAGAGGGGCAAAAGAGUGUGCUGAGACCGUGGGAGGGUCGUUUGUAUCUGCAAGGCUGA